AUUAACCUGCUCUGAAUCUCUGGACGGAGCUACGCCCCUCUCCUAGCUUGUCUGCUCUUCGCUGUGCUUUCCAAAAUGGUCUACCUCGUCGUCCUCGCUGCGCUCUUUUCUGUGGCCAAUGCAGAGUAUCUAGACCUCUCUCUCCGUCAAUCCGUAGUACCCAACACGUAUCCGAAUAUCUCUGCAUGUGCUAGUCAACCUUUCACGUUCUCCUGCGAAAAUACGACGACGAUCGAGAAUACGUGCUGCUCGCCUACGCCGGGUGGAUUGGUACUGCAGACUCAGUUCUGGGACACGUAUACGGGGUAUGAGGAGGAGGGACAGUUGUUGCCGAAGGGGAGUUGGACGAUCCAUGGGUUGUGGCCGGAUAAUUGUGACGGGACGUAUGGGCAAUAUUGUGAUGCGUCGAGGCAGUAUGAUCCAUUGCCUGAUGAUAGCAGUGUCACGGCGUAUACUGGUCCUGGUGUGGAUACGUUCGUGAAAGACUUCGGAAGGCAGGAUCUGCUUGAUUUCAUGAACAAAUAUUGGGUUAGCCAGGGAGAAAAGAACGAGGGGUUCUGGGCUCAUGAGUUCUCAAAGCAUGCGACGUGCACUUCUACUUUCGAUGUCGCUUGCUACGGACCGGACUACAAGGAGCAUCAGGAUGUCGUUGAUUUCUUCCAGGCUGUCAUUCGUGCUUUCAAAAUGUUCCCUACAUACGACAUCCUUGCGGCUUCCGGGAUCGUGCCAUCGAACAAGACGACGUAUCCUCUCUCGCAGAUUCAGACCGCAUUGAAGGCUCAGACCGGUUCUCUUCCCUACGUCGGAUGUGGAAGUAACGGGACUGUUCUGCAAGAAGUGUGGUAUUACAACCACGUUCUGGGAACGGAACAAUUCGGGCAGUUCAAGAUCUUGGACACGACCUAUAAUAGCACUUGCUCUGCUACAGCUGGUAUUCAUUAUUACGAGAGGACACCCACGUCCGAGCGUGAGGUUCGGUGAGGCGUGGAGUGUGGGAGGAGAAAUUUAAAGUUGAGAGGUACCCAUCAUGUGGGCGAGGUUACGAUUGUGAAUCGAGGUUCCCUUUGCUACAGUACUACCUCCUCAUAAAAGACAUUUUUUGCGAGCAA